AUGAAGGCUUUCCUCUUCAUUCUUCUCGCCAUUCUCGCACUGUUCGGAGGAUCGGAAGGACAACGCCGACUUCAGAGCCGCCAGAACUAUUAUGAUUGGCUCGUGUGAGUUCAAUCCCAUUCGGUCCGUUCCAAGACUGUUCAUUUCAUUUCAGUCGUGCUCAACACGGAGCCAAGGAGCCAAUUGUCUCCUCGCGCUCCCCGAAACUCGACCGCAACUGCUUUUUCUCCCCGGUGCAGUGCAUGUUCGAUCCUAGCUCGUCGGACAAUUUCAACUCGUUUCGCCGUUAA